UCAAGCAUCAUAAACAUUUUAGUGUGGUCUUUGCAUAGACAAGGCAAGAUCUGGGAAUGACUCAGGUACCUUCUGGUUUUAUGGAGAAAAUAACAGCAGGGAAGAUGGGAUAGCCUUUGAAAGAUUUCCCGAAUGCUUUGGGUAGUAGGGUACAUUUGUAUCCUACCGAGGGCGGAGAAAAGGAUCUCUUCCCCUUCCCUCCUCACUUUGCACGGCUUUCCCCUGGGACAACACGACGCAGUUCUGCAGCAAGAGGGCCGCCCUAACCCAAGCCAAACUCCUCCUCCUAGUGGUUGCGGUCAACAGGCUGUUCUGGUCGUUCAGCCAAUCAAACGGCGGGCAGGGCUAGUGGGCGGGGCGCUCAGUGAACCUGCAGCAAUCGCGCAUCCCCAGAGAGCGCAGCAUCAGUACCACAAGCCAGAGAAGACCGCGAGACGCCUCUCAGCUCUGCUAGCCGGUGGGAACCACAGCCGGAGCUUUGCCAAUGGUAGUGCCAGCCCCAGCCUCGCCCCGUCGAGAACGGACUGCAGAAAGCCUUUGAGGACAUUUUGAGGAGAAAAAUCCUAGCAAGAGAAUAAAAAUCUGCAGCUCACCAGGAUGGCAGGAGCCUCAGUAAAAGUGGCAGUGCGGGUGCGUCCCUUCAAUUCCCGAGAAAUGAGUAAGGAUUCCAAAUGCAUCAUACAAAUGACAGGAAACACCACAACUAUCAUUAAUCCAAAGCAACCCAAAGAGACACCCAAAAGUUUCAGCUUCGACUAUUCCUACUGGUCUCACACAACUCCUGAAGACAUAAACUAUGCUUCUCAAAAACAAGUGUAUCUGGACAUUGGAGAGGAGAUGCUGCAACAUGCUUUUGAAGGUUAUAAUGUCUGCAUUUUUGCCUAUGGCCAGACUGGGGCUGGCAAGUCAUAUACAAUGAUGGGUAAACAAGAGAAAGACCAACAAGGCAUAAUUCCCCAGCUGUGCGAGGAUCUCUUCUCUCGAAUCAAUGACACCACAAAUGACAAUAUGUCCUACUCAGUGGAGGUGAGUUACAUGGAAAUAUAUUGUGAGCGUGUGCGUGACCUCCUCAAUCCCAAGAAUAAAGGAAACCUGAGGGUCAGAGAGCAUCCUCUCCUUGGACCAUAUGUUGAAGAUCUCUCAAAACUAGCUGUUACUUCAUACAAUGAUAUUCAGGAUUUAAUGGACUCUGGGAACAAAGCAAGGACAGUGGCAGCCACUAAUAUGAAUGAAACGAGCAGCCGCUCGCAUGCAGUUUUCAAUAUUAUCUUCACCCAGAAGAGACAUGAUGCAGAGACAGACAUCACCACUGAGAAGGUCAGCAAAAUCAGCUUGGUGGAUCUUGCAGGAAGUGAACGGGCUGACUCCACUGGAGCAAAAGGCACCAGACUUAAGGAAGGAGCAAACAUCAAUAAAUCACUAACAACCUUAGGAAAGGUUAUCUCUGCUCUAGCUGAGAUGGAUUCAGGACCAAAUAAGAAUAAGAAGAAAAAAAAGACAGAUUUUGUUCCAUAUCGAGAUUCAGUACUUACUUGGUUGCUCCGAGAAAAUCUAGGUGGUAACUCCCGGACUGCUAUGGUUGCUGCUCUCAGCCCUGCUGAUAUUAAUUAUGAUGAGACUCUCAGCACCCUAAGAUAUGCAGAUCGUGCUAAGCAAAUCAGAUGCAAUGCUGUCAUUAAUGAGGAUCCCAACAACAAGCUGAUCAGAGAACUUAAAGAUGAAGUGGCUCGCCUGAGAGACCUGUUGUAUGCCCAAGGCCUGGGAGAUAUCAUAGAUACUAAUCCUGUUCCAGGAGGACCUAAAUACAUGUCCGACUUUGAGAACAAUAAUGAUAAUCGUAGAGUGGCAGAUAUGAGUCAACGGAAUGACAAUCUCUCCACAGUGACCAAUGCCUUGGUAGGAAUGAGCCCAUCCUCCUCACUCUCCGCUUUGUCCAGUCGAGCUGCCUCAGUCAAUAGUCUACAUGAGCGCAUCAUGUUUGCUCCUGGUAGUGAAGAAGCCAUUGAAAGACUCAAGGAAACGGAGAAGAUAAUUGCAGAGCUGAAUGAAACAUGGGAAGAAAAACUGCGUAGAACAGAAGCAAUUCGUAUGGAGAGAGAAGCUUUGCUGGCAGAAAUGGGAGUGGCUAUGAGAGAAGAUGGUGGUACCUUGGGAGUAUUUUCUCCUAAAAAGACACCACAUCUGGUCAACCUAAAUGAGGACCCACUGAUGUCUGAGUGCCUUCUGUAUUACAUUAAAGAUGGAAUCACCAGGGUUGGUCGAGAAGAUGGUGAGAGGAGACAGGACAUUGUACUUAGUGGCCACUUCAUCAAAGAAGAGCAUUGCAUAUUCCGAAGUGACACUAAAUCUGGCAGUGAAGCUGUUGUGACCCUGGAACCUUGUGAGGGUGCAGAUACUUACGUCAAUGGAAAGAAAGUAACAGAACCCAGCAUCUUAAGAUCAGGAAAUCGCAUCAUCAUGGGGAAAAGCCACGUAUUUCGAUUUAACCAUCCGGAACAGGCACGGCAAGAGAGGGAACGAACACCUUGUGCAGAGACUCCUGCUGAACCAGUGGAUUGGGCUUUUGCCCAGAGGGAAUUGCUAGAGAAACAAGGCAUUGAUAUGAAGCAGGAAAUGGAACAGAGGCUUCAGGAAUUGGAAGAUCAAUAUCGAAAGGAAAGAGAAGAGGCUAAUUACCUUCUAGAACAACAAAGACUUGAUUAUGAGAGUAAAUUAGAGGCUUUACAGAAGCAAAUGGACUCAAAAUACUACACUGAAGCUAAUGAGGAAGAGGAGGAACCUGAGGAUGAAGUUCAGUGGACAGAGCGAGAGUUUGAGUUGGCACUCUGGGCCUUUAGGAAGUGGAAAUGGUAUCAGUUUACAUCUCUUCGAGACCUACUGUGGGGCAAUGCCAUUUUCUUGAAGGAGGCCAAUGCGAUCAGUGUGGAACUGAAGAAAAAGGUUCAGUUUCAGUUUGUACUCCUCACAGACACCUUAUACUCACCUCUGCCUCCAGACCUGCUUCCUCCAGAUGCUGCCAAAGACCGGGAGAAACGUCCUUUCCCAAGGACCAUUGUGGCAGUAGAGGUGCAGGACCAGAAAAAUGGAGCAACCCAUUAUUGGACUCUGGAUAAACUCAGGCAGAGGUUGGACUUGAUGCGGGAGAUGUAUGAUCGGGCAGCUGAAGUGCCCUCUAGUGUUAUAGAAGACUGUGAUAAUGUGGUGACGGGCGGGGACCCCUUUUAUGAUCGCUUUCCUUGGUUCAGGCUGGUUGGCAGUUCAGAUAUCUCUGGCUGCAACAGCUCUCCUAUUUUCAACACAUGCAUGAGCGAGCGCAUGGCUGAUCUCACCCCCUCCCCCACCUUCUCGAACCCUGACUCCGACAUCACCGAGCCUGCUGACGAGCAGCACGUGGGGAAGGAGGAGGAGGAGGAGGAGGAGGACCUGGAGGAAGACAUCUUUCCGGAGUACCCGCUGUAUGAUGGCCAGGAUCCAUUUUACGACCGCUCCCCCCUGUUCAGUUUAGUAGGAAGAGCAUUUGUGUAUCUCAGCAACUUGCUAUACCCUGUACCCCUGGUCCACCGUGUUGCCAUUGUCAGCGAGAAGGGGGAAGUUAAAGGAUUCCUACGGGUAGCAGUUCAGGCCAUUUCAGCUGAUGAAGAAGCACCAGAUUACGGCUCAGGAGUGCGGCAGUCAGGAACAGCUAAAAUUUCCUUUGAUGAUCAGCACUUUGAGAAGUUCCAGUCUGAAUCCUGUCCUGCAGUGGGAAUGUCUCGCUCUGCAACAUCGCAAGAGGAGCUGCGCAUAGUAGAAGGACAGGGACAAAUUACUGAUAUAGGGCCAUCUGCAGACGAAGUCAACAACAACACUUGUGCAGCCACUCCAGAAGAUAUUCUCUUGGAUACGUCAGAGAAAUCCACAGUUGAUGGACCUUUUGAGGCAGCUCUGGAGCACUUGAAAUUGGGCAGCAUUUUCACAUUCAGAGUUACUGUUCUGCAGGCCUCCAGCAUCUCAGCAGAAUAUGCGGACAUUUUCUGCCAAUUUAACUUUAUUCACCGCCAUGAUGAAGCCUUCUCUACCGAGCCCUUGAAGAACACUGGUCGAGGCCCACCUCUUGGCUUUUAUCAUGUUCAGAAUAUUGCAGUUGAGGUCACCAAAUCCUUUAUUGAAUACAUUAAAAGCCAACCAAUUGUCUUUGAGGUAUUUGGCCACUAUCAGCAGUAUCCUUUCCCCCCUCUCUGCAAGGAUGUACUCAGCCCCCUAAGACCAUCUCGCCGCCAUUUUCCUCGGGUCAUGCCAUUAUCAAAACCAGUGCCUGCAACAAAACUGAGUGCCAUGACAAGACCCAGCAUUGGCCCAUGUCAAUGCAAGUAUGAUCUCAUGGUCUUCUUUGAGAUCUGUGAGCUGGAAGCUAAUGGCGACUAUAUCCCAGCCGUUGUGGAUCAUCGUGGAGGAAUGCCUUGCCAUGGGACUUUCCUACUGCAUCAGGGUAUCCAGAGGAGGAUUACAGUCACCUUGGUGCAUGAAACAGGAAGCCUCAUCCGCUGGAAGGAAGUGAGGGAACUGGUUGUGGGUCGAAUCCGGAACACCCCAGAAGGAGAUGAGUCCCUUAUUGACCCCAAUAUCCUAUCUUUGAAUAUCCUCUCUUCAGGAUACAUUCGGCCCUCUCAGGAUGAUCGGCAGUUUCUUGAUUCGGAUAUGCCUAGCAUUUCACUUGGAAAUGACACUAGGACUUUUUACCAGUUUGAAGCAGCGUGGGACAGCUCCAUGCAUAACUCUUUGCUCCUGAAUCGUGUUACCCCUUACAGAGAAAAAAUCUACCUGACCCUCUCUGCUUAUAUUGAGAUGGAGAACUGCACCCAACCCGCUGUGAUCACCAAAGAUUUUUGCAUGGUCUUUUACUCCAGAGAUGCCAAACUCCCUGCUUCUCGAUCAAUCCGCAAUCUUUUUGGAAGUGGAAGCCUUCGAGCUUCAGAAAGUAACCGUGUGACUGGGGUCUAUGAGCUCAGCCUCUGCCGAGUUGCUGAUGCUGGAAGUCCAGGUAUGCAAAGGAGACGAAGGCGUGUGCUGGACACCUCUGUGGCCUACGUACGAGGAGAAGAGAAUUUAGCUGGGUGGCGACCCCGUAGUGACAGUCUCAUCUUGGAUCAUCAGUGGGAACUGGAAAAAUUGAGUCUUCUACAAGAAGUUGAGAAAACAAGACAUUAUCUGCUCUUGCGUGAGAAGCUGGAGACAACUCAGCGCUUAGGUCUGGAUUCCUUAUCCUCAAGCUCAAGUGAAGAGUCUGAUUCCCGCAGCACAUCUUAUGUCUCAUCUCCAAUCUCUGCAGAUGGUACCCCAGAAGGGAGGCCUUUACCUCUUGACAUUCCUAGUGAGAGACAGAAAGAACUUGCAGUCAAGUGCUUGCGCCUUCUUACACACACUUUCAACAGAGAGUAUAGCCAUAGCCAUGUGUGUGUCAGUGCAAGUGAGAGCAAGCUAUCUGAAAUGUCAGUGACUUUGCUGAGAGACCCUUCCAUGUCAGGCCUUGGUAGUGCUACUUUGACCCCCUCUUCAACUUGUCCAUCCCUGAUUGAAGGCCAUUAUAGUGCUACAGAAGCCAGAACUCUGCAGCUUCCUUCCAGGGCAGAAAGUCCUGAAAUUGAGCUCACAGUCGAAGGAGAGAAGAAGAAAUCCCCUGCUUGCGGGCCUGAGGAUGAUAAAGAAAUCCAGCGCCUGUUGGUUCCUGAUAUUCAAGAGAUUCGGGUCAGCCCUAUUGUCUCCAGAAAAGGCUACCUACACUUUCUGGAACCCCAUACAAAUGGGUGGGUGAAGCGCUAUGUGGUUGUGAGACGCCCCUAUGUCUACAUCUACAACAGCGACAAAGAUUCUGUGGAGAGAGCAGUCCUCAAUCUCUCAUCAGCUCAGGUGGAGUACAGUGAAGACCAGCAGGCAAUGCUAAAAACCCCUAACACCUUUGCAGUGUGCACUGAACAUCGUGGAAUUCUGUUGCAAGCAAGCAAUGAUAAGGACAUGCAUGACUGGCUGUAUGCAUUUAACCCUCUCCUGGCUGGAUCAAUAAGAUCCAAAUUGUCAAGACGAACAACAACCCAGGCAAGAAUUUAACUUAAAAGAGCUGCUCACCUCAAAAAAACAGAAAAGUGAAAUAAUGGGUGCUGUUGGAAGAUCCCCAUCUGAAAUUUGGACUUUUCCUGUCAUUCAUCUCCUCAGAUGCCUGUGCCACAGAGUGAUCCAUCAUGAGUUACAGCUUCAUUGGGCAAACUCAUUUCCCUUAUGUAAUUUUAAAAGGGUAAUAUUCCCUGGAAUUCUUGCACAUAUGUGAUCUUCCACUCUUCUCAUUAUUGGGUGGCUUAUGACUACUAACAAAGCAAGAGCUUUUUUCUUUUGUUUUUUUUAAAAAUUCCUAAAUCAGUUGUUCAAUUUAAAGAGAGGAAUUUGCAAGAGUGAAAAUUAAUGCUAUUUAAAGAGAUAAAAGUGAUAGAAUUAUGUGCUGCUAAUUCAUAACUUACUGUUGACAUUUUACAAAUUACUUGAUAGAGAAAGAGUAGUAUGAGAUUAUAUUUAUAAAUUAUUUAUUUCUAUUUACUUCACUGAAAAUAAUAUGCAUUCUGUUAAUCAUAUGUUUUGGGGUCUCCCUUAACUUAUGCAUAUACCUGAUGCCGGACUGCAUUUUUGGUAAAGGAAGAGAUACCCAAGGGAGCCAGGGUGGUGAUGCAAAAGAAUCCAUCUCUGUUUUAUGUGGCUAUCUAUUUUCUUUUCAAGCUGCAUUUGCUGUCUGGACAUUCCUUUCUUCUAUUUGUUUAAUUAACAACAUUCUCCCUCCUAACUCCCUCCUGUCCAUCAAUACACAGUUUUUAUUUUUUAAAUGCUGUGAUUGAAGGCAAAGGAAGUAUGGGUUUUUUUCCUUUCUGCUUUUUUUUUUUUUUUUGGUAGAGUGGCUUAUAUUUUUCCCUGUUGGAUAAAAUGAAGCUGUAAAUACAUACCAGAGCAUAAGCAGUGACCCGCUGGAUUGGACCGCUGGCCAAUCUAGACCAGUAGCUUGUUCUCACAGUGGUUAACCAACUGCACAAGGAAGCCCACUAGUCUCCCAGCAGAUGGCCUUCUGAGGCAGUCACCCUGCCAUCAAGGCUAAUAGCCGUCAAUCCCCACUGUUUCUAUGAAUUGGUCCAACCCUUUUUGUAGCCAGUCAAGCUGGAAGCCAGCACCACAUAAUUUGUGAAGGAAAAGUUUAAGCAGGUCCCCCUCCCAAGUAUUAUUUUGCUCCCAGAAGUAGCUUCUAUAUAUUGCUUUUCAUUAAUUAAAAAAGAGCCAAUGAAGAGGGAAGUAUAGCAAGCACGGAUCUUUCAUCUUAAUAAGGAUGAACAGCUGGCACUCAAAAUGUGCUGUUCCUAAAAAGAAAAUGCUGGUAGAGGACUGCUUGACCCUUUCCCUGUUGCCAAAUAUUAUUCAUGGCAUGCAACAGUUUUUCUCCUGCCCUUUCACCGAAUUAGGGCUGUAGUUCCCAGAUUUCUCUGUCAACAUGAGCAUAGUAGUUCUACAUGCAUGGAAGAUAACAGAUGAAAGAAAGCUAGCAGGACCUGGAGAAGUCGGAAUGCUUCUCAUUAGCAAUGUCAUAGAUAAUAUUUAAUUAUGGCAUAAUAUAGCCAUUUGAAAGUGUAUGGCUGCACUCUUUGAGAAGGAAGGAUAGACAGUGCAAUCUCUAGAGAUGGGGUCUAGUCUUCCCACAGCAAAGAAAUAACUACUAUUUGUUGGUUGCACUUAAAACUGAUUGUCUGAAAAAGAUAGUUUGUUGUUUUCUUUUCUGAGAAAAGUAGAUUUGGAGAAUACAGUGGGAAUAUAGCAAAGAUGAAAAGAAUCUUUACACAGGAAAGGGUAUGCCCUUAUUUCUGUCACUAUGGGAAGUGAAGCUGUUAAAAAUUCAAAAUAUACUUGUUAUCUCACUUUUUUUUCUUUUUCAAGUGUUAGAGUUCCAAGUGGAAUGGACCAAUUGGAAAAUGAAAUUGACCAAAGCAUAGACACUGAGAAUUAAAUUAAUCCCUAGCACUAAGCAGUCAAGGAAGAUAUUUGCAUUUUUUUUAUUUUUAAUCUUAAAAGCAAAAGUGUUCUAUCUCAGUUCUUGUUUUUGGUGUUUUUUUUAAAUAAAAUGGGUAUCUAUGUAAGCCAACUUUUGGCAAGCCUCUGAAGAUCCCUAGCUCUUUUAAUAUAUGUUCCUAGGAAUAUGGCAUACUUCACUAAUAGUGAAUCUUGAUUUGCACAGCAUGGAUACACUUUGGUUUCACUGUCUCCCAUUUUUUUGUUGCAUCCAUUGGUCCUCUGUGUGAUGCCCAGAUGAAAGUCUGUUUAAGGAUAUACUGUUUGAAUUCCAUGUGCAUGUGAUGUGAGAUGUGUGAAUAUAAAGACAAGAAUGUCACAAUCCCUUCUGCAUAGAUUCAGUGGAUUGGCAAAAGUGUCCUGUUUCAGCAGGAAUAAUUCUACUAGACUAGAGAAAAAUUCCAGAAUCCUUUAAUAAUGCUAUAGUCUCUGGCUGGAAAAUACUUGCUGGGUUCACACAACAUUAUCAAGCUUACACUGUUAUGUGAAUCCAGAAGAUGUGGAUCAUUAGUAAUGUUUUAUGAUUUGGUGUGUUAUAUAAAAUUAGUUAACUGUGAUUUAUUCUGUAAACCAUGACUUAAUGGUGUGUGAACACAGCCACUAUAUAACUGAGAGAUUUUCUACAUAUUUCCUUCUGAUUAGCUCUCUUAAGAUAGCAUUUCUUUCCUUCAAGAAAUUCCAUUCUUAUCUAAAGGACAAAGCCUAGUAGAUCUAAUAUCUUACUGAUCUGGGGUCAAAUUGAGAAUUAUGGACCCCUCCAGACAUUGCUGAACUGCAGCACCAACUGCUGCCUGAAGCAUAGAUGAUGAUGAAAGAUGUUGGAAGCUGUAGUUCAGCAAAUCUAUGAGGAAUCCAGGUUUCCAUUCUUUUACCUAACAUAAACACUUGUCUUUCUCUUUUAAGAAUUAUUCUUAGCACUAGUGCUUAAUUCUGAUCAGUCAAAUAUUAAUUAGGUUGAGGCAACUGUUAGGGCAGAAUAUGUUUUCAGAAUGUGCUACCCUGAUUUAAAUGCACAAGUAAGGUAUUUUUAUUGCCCAUUCAGUGAGAAGAUUUAAGAGAUUGUCAAGUGAUUUAUUUACUUUAAUCUUCAUUAUUUACUCUUUGUGUUUGCAAAAUAGCAAAGAAUUAUAAUCAUGACUUUAAAAACAGCCUUGACAGGCAAUUUUAUUCAUUUCAGCUUUCCAGCCUGAACCUGCUUCCAGACAACGUGUUUACACUGAAAUUGUAUAUGUCUUGUUCGUUCCUAUUUAAUGAGGAAUUAACACCACAAAGUCAUCCUCCAGUAACCCUUGUGUUUUCUAGUAGUGCUCCUGCCUUUUUUUUUUAAACUAAAGAAAAUCACACUUUAGGGAAAGGAAUAAAUAAGCAGCAAUAUCUAUUUGAAGCUGUGCUGGCUGGGAAAAUUAGGACAGUUAGGAAGAUUUGUCACUGAGGUAGAAGAAUGACAUUUGGGAAUGCCUUUCAUUUUUGUGUUCCUUGCCAUGAAUUUCUCACUGCAAGGCCAUUUCAUGUUUUAUAGUGCAGUUCCUUUUCUCAAAAAUUCUGUCAUUUAACACGUGAUUCAUUUGGUUGUUUUUAAAAAAUACCCAAGGCAGAUUAAGGCAUAUGUUUGAUUUAAAACAAUAGUUCCCAAUAUUUUCUUUUACAUAGAUACUACAUUAUCAGCAAUGGUUUUGUGGAGCACCACAUAAGCCACUGACUAGCAUUGUAAUGCUUGUGAGUAUCAGAAGAUAUGACCCUUAAAGCGUCCAGAAAACUUCAAAAUUAAAUGUUUUUCUUUUUUAAAAAAAUAAAUGGCUGAAAUCAUACUAUGAAGUUUGGAAUAAAUGUGCCAAAAUUUGGUGAUCUAGUUAACUUUUCGCUAUUAUGUUUCAAGAAUUUUCAUUUUGGUAUUCCAUGCCCUGUAUCACCUAACAUUCCCUAAGCUACAUUGGGAACCAUUGAUCUCUAAAGCAAUUCUGCUCUUGGUUAUUCCAUUUGCAACAACUUCUCAAAGGAAGCUGUGAGAUACUUGUUCCCUCUCUAUGGAAGUUUUAUUAAAAUCUACAACACAGAGAUUAGCUAUUUAAUUAGAAGAUUUGCAUACUUUGUUAUGUAUUUAAAUAGUUGCAUUACAUCAUUUUUGUAGCAAGUAAUUGAAAGUUUUAGAAAUAAUCCCAUAUUCUGAUCCUGAGAUUAUGGUGAUGAUGAUGAUUGAUGGUAAAGAUAGAUGAUACAGUCAGAUUGACAGAGAAAAUAGACAAGAUAGGUAAGACAGAUGAUCAGUGAAUGGAAUAUAGUAGCUUUUUGUUAUAGAAAAAGUGGAAUUUCAAUGUAGAAAGUCUACUUUGCUUCAGGUUAUAAUUUAUAGUGAGAAACAAUGAUUUGCUGGCACUAUAUAUCAUCCUAAUUCUGGAAGCAUGCUAAAUCUAAACAGUAUUUCAUGGAAAUUAGAUGGUUAGUUUUUCAUUUAAUAGUGAUUCUUGGUCUCUUAUUAAUAUCCAGCCUAUCACCCACCAAACUAAAUAUUUAAUUAGACCAAAUAAAACCUAAUUGGUAAAAAGCAAAUGAGCUCUGUUGAAAUUUAGUUUUACUAUAUCUCUAGCUGCUGGAAGCCAACUUGAGGAAAACAUUUUAGUACAACCUGCAAAUGAUUACUAGUUAGCAAGUUUCACAGUGUCCAAUGGGGCUUUGUCCUGGGUAAGUGUGCAGAAGACUGCAGGCUUAGAGAUCUUAAUGCACUCCUUUAAAUAAAGGAGAAACUUACAGAAGUUAGGAAAGUUUGUUCUUUUUGACCAUAUAUUCUGUAUCAAAACCUCUAUAAAUGGUAGCCAUUAUGAAUACUGUAUUGCACUAUAGAGCUGAUAUUAUUCCCACCCAGCAGUUCAUGAGAUGCAAAAAUCAAAAGGAUUAGAAUGAUAUCAUUAUUGAGACAAAAUCAGGUAACUGAAGUAUUUUAGUUACUUGUAUAAAUCUGAAAUUGUCAGAUAUUUUAUUAUUGUAACAAUAAGUUAUGUCAGUAUUCUUGCUUGUAUAUAUUUAGCUUUUCAAAUUAAGCAAUCAAUAACUAUGUACUAUCAAGUGCACUGGAAAUGAAAAAGAGAAAAAAUGCUCAAGUGGAUUGUGGACAGAUUAACGGUGGAACAUGCCUUAGGUCAGCCAACCUGAAGAGCAUGUACUUACAUAGUGGGAUGGUUGGGUUAAAGCUUGAUCUCAUGCUGUAUUUCAUGUUUUUUAGGCCAGCAAACCUACAAAGAACAUGAAAGUGUUGAGUUAAGAGAUCAAAGGUUUGACCCAAAGCCCUUUGAUCAGCAGAAAUAUUUUGAUCAGAAUGUAAAAGUAAUGAAUAGAAAUGAGUUGGUGAAUUCUGAUCUCAACAAAUUGACUGUAACUUAUCAUAUAUCAAGCAAGAUAAAGCUUUCUGCUGGAGUGAAUAUCCUCAAAUGAUUGUUAUUUAUAAUAGGGUAGUGAAGACCUAAUUGCCAGCACAUCAUGUUUCUUGGCCCCUGUAUUACUAAGGAUGCUGUUUCAUUUAUUGCUGAAAAAAAUCAAGCUGGUAAGAAAUGCUAUCCAGACUUCAGCUGAAAUAGAAGAAUCUCUAUUGAUUUAUUGUAAUCCUUUUGACUUUGUUUGAAUGUAAAUUUUUAAAAUGUUUUUGCAAAGUGCCUAGUUCCAGUAACAACAAGGCCUUGGCUAAAAAGAAAUUUCUUAUUCGCUUUCCCCCCACUAUGUUCAUAUUUUGGGAGUCUUAUCAAUAGGAAACCUCUUAACAUGAAAUGCAACAGGGUAAAUUUUCAACUCUUUCUUAUACUCCAACACCCUAAGUGGCAAUCUCAAGAGGGAAGUUAGUUAUUAUAACAUGAUGUAAUAGAACAAAAUUAUGUAUUGUACUAACUCACAUUUCCAUAAAAUAUACAUGCUAGAAGUUGAUGUUUAUUUACUGAGUGGCAGUUUUCAGUUUCUUCAGCUGCACACACUAAAUUAAGGGAGGCAUUUAUCCCAUACAGAAGUUCUUUCUAUCCCUUUCCAGUAGAUUAAUCCAGGAUAAUAGACUUAAAUAUUAUCAUAAAGCAACAGAAAUGAAAGGAACACAAUUAGCCAAGAACAACAAAAAUACCAUAAGGAAAUUGCAUACCUCUGGUAACCUGCGGCUAUAACACAAGACGUUUAACUGUUUAAUAUGCUAUUACUGUCUCUUUUUCUGUCGUGUAUUCAAUUGCGUAUACAGUAUGGAGGAUUUCUAACAUUCAUAAGCUGAGAUUCAGUAUCAAGAUUUUCUGUAUAAUAACAGAGGUUAUAGUUACUUAUUUUAAUUUUUCUUAUUGUUUUGCCUGUGCUUCCAUUAUCUAGUUUGUCUACAUGAGUUCUUCCUGUGAUACCAUCUCCAAAUGCUGGGAGACUAUUUCUCUUGCUUUGUACAGUAUAUAUGUGAUUGCUGUGGGAACACCCUUUACCACUGUAUAAAUAACAAUACCGAAGUAAUGUUUUCUUGAUGUCUUAAAUUAUGAGUGUUGGAAAUUAGGGUCUUAAACUGUUUGUGUACACUUCAGGCACUGUUCAGUUAAAGAAAUAAAUGUGGCAUUUAUGCAAAUAC